GUCACCGGAAGUCACGUUCCCACGUGCGCUAACAGCCUGACGACAGGGCGUAAGAAGAAGUCAAGACGUUUGUCGACCACACGAGACUCGUUUGCGGAUCCAAACAUGGCGGCCAGGAAGAGGAGCGCGCGCUCGUUGGUGGAGGACGCGGACGUGCCGACGGAAGAGGCGCGCGCACGCCGGAGGAACGUCGAGAGUUUGGCGGUGUUGCGCGCGCACGAGCCUGCCGUGCAACAGCUGGAGGAGCUCGUGUUUGGCGACGUACACGCGCCUCUGCAGGAUGAGGACGAAAAGGAGGAGGCGUUGCCACACGAAGAAGAAGAACCGGCCAAAGAAUUUUUCCUCCAAUCAGAAGAGGAGACACAAGCUCAUUUAGGUCCUCCGCCAAUCAAACGAGCAGCUGCUUGGACUGAUGAAGAUGAUGAGCUGGAUGAAGAAGUGGACAUGCAGCAUCGUUUCCGUAGCGACCUGAUGCGAGGAGACGCCGAGUCCAGCAUGAGCAAGAAAAAACUUCAGCAGAGGAUGAGAGACCAUUUCCAGAAGUCGAUGGGCGGAGCUCCAGCCUGGGCUGUCAGCGGCGGCAGGAAGUUGACGAAAGAUGACGAUGAUGAUGACGAGGAGGAAGACGACGACGACGACGACCUUCUGAGGAGGACGGGAAACUUCGUGGCAUCUUCGGACAUUUUGUCCAGCGGCAUCCUCAGGAUGAAGCGGUGUCUCCACGCCAACGCCGCGCAGCCAUCUUCCGAUCGUCUGACGUCCGUGCGCUUCCACCCGUCGGCUCAGGUGCUCUUAACGGCCGGCCUGGACUGCUCGCUGUCAAUCUUCCAGGUGGACGGUCAAACCAACGCCAAGAUCCAGAGCGUCCACCUGGAGCGUUUCCCCAUCCACAAAGCCAGCUUCAGUUUCCACGGCGACGCCAUCAUCGCCACCAGCCUGAAUAACAAAAUGUUCUACGUGUACGACAUGAUAGAAGGAUGCGUCACCCCCGUGCAACACGUCAGAGGGCUGCACGAGGCCCGAGUGAAGGAGUUCUGCGUGUGCCCUGAUGGGGGCGCUCUGUUGCUGACGGGAAGUCGAGGAUACCUGCACAUGCUCACGCUCAAGACCAAGGAGGUGGUUGGCAGCAUGAAGAUGAAUGGCGAGGUGGUGGGCGUGGCUCUUAGCGGUGACGGGAGCAAAGUCUUUGCCAACUCAGAGGACGGUGAGGUGUACGUGUGGGACGUGCGCAGCAGUCGCUGCGUCAGCAAGUUCGCCGACGACGGCUGCGUCACCGGCACGGCCAUUGCGGCGUCCCCCGACGGGCGCUACCUGGCGUGCGGCUCACAGGCGGGCGUGGUCAAUGUGUACUCGCAGGACGCGUGCGUUAACUCGGCCAAUCCCAAGCCUCUGAAGGCCAUCAUGAACCUGCUGACCCCCGCCACCGCGCUCACCUUUAACCCCAGCGCGGAGAUCCUGGCCAUCGCCUCGCGACACCAAGACGAGGCCGUCAGACUGGUUCACGUGCCCAGCCUGAGCGUCUUCUCCAACUUUCCCGCGUCCAAGAGGAAGUUUGUCUAUCGAGCUUCCUGUCUUGACUUCUCGCCCCACAGCGGUUUCUUCUCAUUGGCCAACAACAAGGGACACGCCCCCCUCUUCAGGCUGCUGCACUACAGGAGCUUCUGAAGAUGAAGAAGAGGGCGCAGUCACGGCCGGAGUCACUUGUGUGCAAAGCCAUCCAAGCGUGUGUGUGACGUGUGCGCAUUUGUUUUGUUUUCCUAAUCAGGAAAUAAACUUUCGUAUCCUU